CUGUUGUCGGUCUGUCUUUGUAUCCAUUGUUUUUGAGUAUAAAUAUUUGCAUUAGGUUUCCACCACAGAACAAAUGUCGGAACCAAGAAACUCAAUUUCUUCAUAAUUUCUAUAAAUUUUGCCUAUAUUCUCUCUCUGUCUCUCUUUUCACCUCAAAACAAACCAAAUUUCUCUUUUACAAAACCACACCGAACAUACAAAUUUUCUUCAUUGUUUGGACAACAUGGGUGCCUGUGCAACUAAGCCUAAGGUCUUGAAGGAGGAGGGUGGUCAGGCUCCGGUGCCGGAGCCUGAACCGGCUGCCGUCGAAGCGGCCACGGUGGAGGACAUGAUCACCAAAAGUAGAGGUGUUGACGACCAAAUAAUUACUCCGGUGGCUCCUGUUGUUGUUGAGGAAAAAGAAAAGAAAAUUGUGGUUGAUGAUGAGAUUGCAGUAGGAGAAGGUGAUGGUAUUAUUAAGGUUGAUGAUGAUCAAUCUACCAAAAAAUCUCUUAGCAAUUUGUUCAAGGAGUACGAAAUUGAAAAGGCUACAGAAGCAAUUGAGAAGGCCUCAGCAGAAGUAGUGAAACAAGAAUCCUCAGAGACCGAAAAACCUGAGGAAUUAACCGUCAAAGAACGAUCCUUGGACCUAUCAAAUCCUGCAGAGCCAGAAAAACUUGAUCAAGUAGAAACGGAAAAAUCCGUCACCGAAAUUCCUGUCGAGAUGGAAAAACAUGAUCAAGUAGAAGCUGAAAAAACCGUUCCUGUCGAGACAGAAAAAUCAGCGGUUCUAGAGAAACAAGAAGAGCCACUAGUGACAGAAACAAAACCUGAGGAGCCUGUGAAACCUGAAGAACCAAUAGUAAUUGAAAAAACUGUUGAAAUUUCAGAUACUAAGUUGCCAACAGCUGAAUUAUCAGAAAAACCUGUUGAACCUGCCGUCUCAUUACCGGUAGUUGAUGCUCCAGCAAAAGAAACAGAGAAGGUAAUUGCAGCUACACCGUCCGUAGAGACCAAAACCGGCAAUGAAACAUCUGCCGAGAAAAAACCUGAAGAAUCUAAGGUAGAGACUAAAACCAGCAAUGAAACAUCUGCUGAGAAAAAACCUGAAGAAUCUAAGGACUCGACGGUUACUGCCUAAGAAAAUUUGAUUUUAUGAAGCAGCUCUGAUGAUCAGAUUGAUACCAAACAAGAUUAGUUAAAAUGAUGUUUUACAAAACCAUCUACUUUUGGUUGGAUUUUUUCCUCUCGGUUAUUUGUUUCUAAUUUUUCUUAUAAAUUUUAAUUUUGAAUUUAUUGAACAUGUUGUGAUCAAUGCCUCAAUGGUAACAAAUGAAAAUUUAUUAUUAAAUUUUAUAUGAGAUUUAUUCGCCA